AUGGCCUCUCCGCCGCACAGGCGACUCUCCUCCUCAGGAGCCCCAUCCCACUCUAUGCUCGGCUCCACCUCACGCUCCAUGCAUCAAUCACGACCGUUCUUGAACCUGAUCAACCCCAUGGGCCACGGCCACAACUAUGCGGGGUACACCGCCGCCAACCAGUCGGUACUUGAAGAAGAGGCGGAGGAGGAAGAGGAAGACGACGAGAUGCCGCCGGGGAGCGUGCGGCUGGAGCGCUCGCGCCAUGAGCGCGAUGUUGAGGCGCAGCAGGCGCCUAAAGCGCUGAGUGCGAGCGUGUUCCGGCCGAAUGUGCUGAAGGACGACCGGCUACACGACACGGACGACGGGGAUAGCGACGGAGAAGUCCCGCAGAGCUUUAUGAUUGAAUCACCUGCCCUUCGCCACAAGUCGAUAAAGAGCAAAGGAAAGGCUCGCGCGCGUCCACCGCCUCCUCCUCCUGUGGCACCUCGCGUUUCAGUCCCUCCUCGGCCGUCCGAGCUCGAACCGGAAUAUACGCCUCAUGACUUGCCGGAUCCGGUCACUGCACCUCAACGUUUGCCUGGGCUAGACGCGAAGGAGCAGGCGCUGUGGCAAUGGGUCAAUGUGUACAACCUAGACGCGUUUCUGCAAGAGGUCUAUCUAUACUACGAGGGGAAGGGCAUGUACUCUAUAGCACUCGCACGCGGGCUCAACCUCCUGACCAUUGGAUUCGUGAUUGGAUUCUCGACGUUCCUCUUGAGAUGUGUAGACUAUGCACGCAUCCGCCCGGAGGAGAUCACUCGACUGGGAGAUGUUGUAGUGCCACGAUGUGUUGCAAGAUUCUCCGGAUUUACUCUACUAUUCUUCGCCCUAUUCUGCGCUUUCUACGCCUGGCAAGUCGUAUCCUUCGUCCUAGCGACGAAGCGCCUUCUCGACAUCUACAACUUCUACACUCACCUACUCGGCAUUCCGGAUGAAGACAUCCAAACCAUUGCCUGGCCGGAGGUCGUACGCCGAAUAGCCGCCAUCCGCGACUCGAACCCGGUAACAGCGCUAUCCUCGGGUGUGGAGGCCCACGUCGGAGCGAAGCUGGACGCGCACGAUAUCGCCAAUCGGAUCAUGCGGCAAGAGAACUAUCUCAUUGCUCUAUUCAACAAGGAGCUACUCGAUCUUCGCGUACCGCUACCUGGUUCUCUCUCUCGACUCGGUAUCGGUGAAGAGGGCAAAGGACGUACCUUGACUCGCGCUUUGGAAUGGAACCUUCGGUUUUGUUUGCUGUGGUACCUGUUCGACUCGCGCGGACGAGUGCGCAAGGUCUUCUUGAAGAGUCGCAAUCGUGCCGCUCUCAUCGAAGGCCUGAGGCGCCGGUUCGUCUUCAUGGGCAUCCUGAACGCGAUCUUCGCUCCUUUCAUUGUGCUAUACCUCAUCAUGUACUCUUUCUUCCGGUACUUCGACGAAUACCACAAGAAUCCGUCCAACAUCGGCGGGCGAGCGUAUACGCCCUUCGCCCAGUGGAAGUUUCGCGAGUUCAACGAGCUCCCACACUUGUUCAAACGCCGUCUCGACGAAUCGUACCCCAUCGCCACCGCCUACAUCGCUCAAUUCCCAAACGAGAAGGUUGCCAUCGUCAUGCGCUUCGUAGCAUUCAUAGCCGGCUCCUUCGCCGCCGUCCUCCUCCUCGCCUCCGUCCUCGACCCCGACCUCUUCCUCCACUUCGAAAUAACCCCCCACCGCACCGUCCUCUUCUACCUCACCGCCUUCGGCGGCAUCCUCGCCGUCGCGCGCGGCAUGAUCCCCGAAGACAACCGCGUGUACGACGCCUCCCAACUGAUGGUCGAGCUCGUCAACUACACGCACUACCUCCCCGCGCAAUGGAAGUCCAAAUACGGGCUGCACUCCAAAGCCGUCCACGCCGAGUUCGGACAGCUCUUCCAGAUGAAAGUCCUCACGUUCGUCACGGAGCUGGCGUCCGUGAUCCUCACGCCGUUCAUCCUGUGGCACUCCCUCCCGCCCUGCGCGCCCGCGCUCGUCGACUUCUUCCGGGAGUUCACCGUGCACGUCGACGGGCUCGGCUUCGUGUGCUCGUUCGCGGUGUUCGACUUUGAGCGGCACGGGAACGUCAGGUUCGGCGCGCCGGGCGGGGGCGCGCGGGAUAAGAGGCAUGUGAGCAAGGAUGGGAAGAUGGAGCAGAGCUUUAUUGGGUUUACGCGGGCGCAUCCGGAGUGGGUCCCCAACGACCGCGGCGGGCUCGGGUCGGUGUAUCUCGAGCGCUUGCAGGAUCGCGAUCGGGAGAAGGAUAGGCGCAGGAGCUCGAAGUUGGCGCCGCACGCUGGAACGCCGCCGGCGACGUCCCCUGCGAGGACCGCGCAGACUUUGCAGCCGGAGGAUCGUGCGCAGGAGUACGAGCAUGCGCUUAUGCAGAGUCAGGCGUUGGCUAGGAGACGCGGCGGUGGACUGGGCGCUUCGAGCGUGUUCAUGGGUCCCCCGCGCGAUAUGGCCGCGAGCGGGAUGUACACCAGCGCGAUGGCGCAAACGGCCGUGCUCGGCGAUUCCGGUACACUGCCCGAAGUGAACUCGCCGUCUACGGCCACUGCAUCGCCCCGUCGGGGCGCACCGGCGGAGCUUGCGGUGGACGAGCUCGAGGGCGAGGGGAGCUAUGUGGAUGGUGCGCAGAGGAAGAGCGUGUCGCAGGAUAUCGAUGAUGCUGAGGAGGAAGAGUUGAGGGAUGGGGGUGUUAUCGGGUUAUUGGCGCAGAUCUAUAGUGGGCCGGCUAAGGGGCGGGGGACGAGCGGGCCUGGAAGGGGGCUGUGA